AUGACAUUCCUUCUCGCCCUCACAUUCCUACUUGCUUGGGCUAUAGCAUUCGCGGCCGUCAGUUCCGACAGUCAAGAACUCAUACCGGCCCCACCUCCAUUUGCCGCAAACAGCAGAUAUGCGCCAAUUUCUGCGGAAACGACACCGGAAGACUAUGAACUCCUCGACAUAGUCCUCGUGGCGUCCGUCGACGGCAAAUUUCAUGCUUUGAACCGCACAUCUGGUCACGAACUAUGGUCCAUGUCGUCGUUUGCAACUACUACCAGCGUUUCGGCUCCUUCUUCGCUUGCACCCCUUGUGCGCACAAGCCAUCCGUCAGUAGACGCGCUCGACGACCUCGACGACGAAGAUGCACCCCGCCAGGAAACCUACAUCAUCGAACCGCAGUCAGGCGACAUCUACGUCCUCCAUUCACCCUCUUCGCCUCUUCAGCGCUUCCCAUUUUCGAUGCAGGAGUUGGUUGAUCUGUCGCCCUUUACUUCAGCCAACAAGGAGGAUACCAGGAUCUUUGUAGGGGAGAAGAAGACCUCGCUGCUCUUGAUCGAGUUGGAAACAGGGAAGAUCAAGGCGACACUCAAUUCAGAAUGCCCACCGAUUUUCAACCUGGACGAAAAGAAGGAGGAGAGUGGUGAAAUUGAUCUGGACGAGUUGGAAGGGAGCAAGCCUGCCAUGUCUGCUCCGACGGAGGUGUAUAUCGCUCGCACGGAUUACCACAUCUCCAUCCACAAGAUGCCCCAACCCGGUUUGCCUGCUCCACCCGCUCAGGAACUCCUCUUCUCCACCUACGGACCCAACAACAAGGAUAACCGCCUCCAAGCCAUGUAUCGACGGACCAACGACGAUACCUACAUCCAGUCACUUCCGAACGGGGAAGUCAUCGCGUUCAGACCUAGAACUGCGGAAGGAGGGCAACCCCGUCAAGGAGAAAACCCGCUCUUGUGGGGAUGCCCACUCGGCGCGCCUAUUGUUGCUGUCUUCGACGUCCUGCGAACCGCCGGCUCAUCUGCGAGCCAGCAUGCGUUCGUCCUCCUGCAACCACGGCCCCGUCUCCAGGAUCUUUUGCCAAAUUUCAACUCAAAGAGCUCUUUACCUGCUUCAGCAUAUGUCGGCCUGGUCGAAGAAACCGGAAGCCUCUUCGCUAUGAGCCCCGACAAGUAUCCUCUGGUUGUGUUUGGAGGCAGCGCAAGAGACAAGAUAGACGGGAAGGGAAAGAAAGGCGGCAAGCGGAGGACCCUCGACCCGCCUCAUUCUGGCGACGCGGGCGACUAUUCGGAGGUCGAGACGGAGGAUGACAAAUGCCUCCGAAACCCAUACGACGUCCGUUGCCUUGUUGGUGUACGACCUCUGGAGGAAGAAGAUAGGUAUGAAGGCAGGAGAAAGAGGCUUCUAGACGGCCCGAAAACGCAAACACCGCCAUUACAGCAGCCCAUGCGUGGGUCUGACAAUCCACUGGUCAUUGAGGUUGCACAGGGGUGGGAUGCACCAGAUAAUGCCAGUGGCAAACCGCGCCUGGGUCUGCCAGAAAGAGACGAGACUAGUGGUAGGAACUUUUGGGAACCGCUGGUCGUUACGCUAGUCUUUGGGCUUGUGUCGGCGUGGUUCUUGUGGAGGAAGGCUAAAGGGAAGAUUGCGAAGGCGUUCCAGGAGGCCAUCCUACGGGAACAACGGAAGGAGAGGGCAGAGCAGAACGGUGAUGUCCAACUCCUCGAGAAUGCCGUCGAAGUGCCCUUGGAGCAGACUCCUUCAACUACAGGAAGUAAUUCUGCUUUGCCCAAUGGCUCUGUCAAGAAGGACACCCCCACCUUACCCCUUCCUGCAACACCCACACCCGCCACGCCUUCAUUAGAUACACCAACGCCAUUACCUGACACAGCCACUCCGACAGGACUAGAUGAAGGAGACGACAGUGAGGGAGAGGUCGACGGUGUUUCCCCCACUCCGGGUAAGCGGAAAGCAAGGCGAGGUAGGAGAGGUAAGAAGAAGAAGCCUGGUGUCGUUGGUUCGAGCAACAGCGGUGGGGCGGAUGACGAGGAGAAGGAGGAAGAGGAGAAGAAGCCCUCAUCAUCAUUGAUCUUGACCUCGUCCCCCAAACCUGUUGUGCAGCAGCCUUCCCUGAUAGUGUCCGACACGAUCCUCGGAUUCGGUUCGCACGGUACUGUCGUGUACCAAGGAUCACUGCAAGGGCGGGCAGUUGCUGUUAAACGGCUGCUACAAGAUUUCGUCACCCUCGCCGCCCGAGAGGUGUCAAUCCUCCAAGAAUCCGACGACCAUCCCAACGUCAUCCGCUAUUACUACCAAGAAGCCCACGCGAACUUCCUGUACAUCGCCCUGGAGCUCUGCCCUGCGUCGCUCGCCGACAUCAUCGAGAGCCCCGACCGCGAGCAGUGGCGAGACAUCGCUAUCAACUUCAACCCAAAGAAGGCGCUGAAACAGAUAACGAGUGGCCUACGGCACCUGCAUGCGCUCAAGCUCGUGCAUCGCGACAUCAAGCCGCAGAACAUCCUUGUCUCGUCGGCGAAGGGCUCAAGCCAGAGCACCUUCGGGGCGAAGAACGGCAAGGGUGGCGCGUAUAGGAUGCUGAUAUCGGACUUCGGAUUAUGUAAGAAACUGGAUGUCGACCAGACCAGUUUCCUUCCGACGGCGCAUGGGGCGCUUGCUGCUGGCACCGUAGGGUGGCGGGCGCCGGAAAUUCUUAGAGGCGAGGUGAAGCUGGAUGAGCUGGCAGGCGAUGACGCUUCGAUGUCGUCUCGCGGGUCGGUGGCGACUGUGCAUGCAUCAUCGGGAGGAUCAGGCAGUGGAUCAGGGUCAUCGAGCAGACCGCAGACAAGGCUGACGAAGAGUGUGGAUAUUUUUGCGCUGGGAUGCUUGUUCUAUUACACCCUCACGAACGGCGGGCAUCCGUAUGGAGACCGCUUUGAGAGGGAGGUCAAUAUCAUGAAAGACGCAAAGGACUUGACUGGGCUUGAUAGGUACGGAGAGGAGGGCACGGAGGCGAAGGAUCUCAUCACAGCUAUGUUAGAUCCGGAGGCGAGCAAGAGACCGGAUACAACAACGUGUCUACUGCAUCCCUUCUUCUGGGACCCUGCUCGCCGUCUGAACUUCCUUCAAGAUGCAUCGGAUCGGUUCGAAAUUAUGUGCCGAGAUCCCAAGGACCCCAACCUAAUCGAACUAGAAAAGGGUGCCUUCAACGUAGUCGGCAACGAUUGGCAAUCAAGGCUAGACAAGAUCUUCAUCGAGAACUUGGGCAAAUUUAGGAAAUACGAGGGACGGAGCGUUCAGGACCUUCUGAGGGCAUUGAGGAAUAAGAAACAUCACUACCAGGAUCUCCCAGAUCAUGUCAAAAGGCAUGUCGGACCUAUGCCUGAGGGUUACUUGGGCUACUUUACACGACGUUAUCCUCGACUCUUCUUGCAUGUUCAUGCCGUCGUCAAGAACACAGGGUUGCACACAGAAUCGAUGUUCCGAUCAUACUUCGAGCUUCCCGAUCCAUGA